GGACAAAAGGUAAACCAAUAAAUUGGAGAGAGCAUAAAAGUAAAAUGAAAUGAGCCCUUUUAUUUCUCCUCCCCAAUUUCCCGCCGUCCCAGAGAAAUAGUGACUCCAAAAUCCAAAUUUCCCAAUCCAAAAGCUACCGUUUUCCCGCCAAUACGCAGAAAACCACACACAUCCAAGGUCCAGAGAGGGAGAGAGAGGGAGGGGGAGAGGGAGAGAGAGAGAGAUGAGUACGGCGAUUCGGAAGAGAGUGCAGAAGAGAUGCAAGAUCAGAGGGUAUAACCUCAAAGUGGAUGCACUCGACGAGAUCCUUUCCUUCGUUUCCCGCUUUCCCGAUGCUGAUGCCAAUGACGCCAUCGAUCUCCUUCUCGACCAGCUUCAUAACCAAACUUUGAAAUCCCCCAUCAUAGAAAAGGAAGCGGUUCAAGCUGUCGUUGCCCUUCUCUCCGAGGCCGAAGCUGCUGGUGAAGAAGAUGGAGAUACCUCACAUGCUGCCUCUACCACUUCCGCCAUUCGGGUAGUCGAUGCCUUCUUGCUCCCCAAACUACGUUACGACUCCAUCAAGAAGCUCUUCUAUGAGCAUACGGGGAAUCUACCCAUUCACGGUGAUGCUUCUGCAAAAGCAAACCUUUACCGGGAUAGGUAUCAAUUAUUGCUCCAGAGGCUCACCCGCGAUCAACAUUUCUCUAAACCUGCAUUUGAUUCCGAAAUUUCAAAUUUUGGAAAUUGUGAGAUAUCUCCAAUCCAGUCUCUAGUUGGGCAAACGGGGAGAAAAUGGGUAAUGGGUUUGAUAUCUCAAUUGGAGGAUGGACACUUUUAUUUAGAAGACCUUACAGCAUCAGUGGAGAUCAAUUUGUCCAAUGCAAAGAUAACGACAGGAUUUUUUUCCGAGAACACUAUAGUUGUAGCAGAAGGGGAAAUGCGUGUAGAAGGAAUUUUUCAGGUCAUUACUUGUGGAUUUCCCCCAUUGGAAGAUAGAGAGAAGUCACUCAAACUGCUUGCAGGGCAUGACUUUUUUGGCAGUGGUGUAUUAUCACGAGAAGAGACUCUUAGACUUGCGGAAUUGGAAAAGAAAGCAGUUAAUGACAUGUUUGUCAUAAUCUCUGACAUAUGGCUAGACAAUGAAGAGGCUAUGGAAAAGCUAACCACUGUCCUUGAUGUUUUUGAGAAUGAGGAGGUGGUACCUUCCUUGUUUGUGUUCAUGGGGAAUUUCUCUUCUCACCCAUGCAACCUUUCAUUUCCUUCUUUCUCUACUCUAAGAUCCCAGUUUGGAAAGCUAGGGAAAUUGAUUGGAAUGCAUCAACGGCUGAAAGAGAACAGUCGAUUUCUGUUCAUCCCAGGCCCUGAUGAUGCUGGUCCAUCAAAAGCUCUACCCAGGUGUGCCUUGCCAAAAUAUUUGACUGAAGAGCUUCGAGAACACAUUCCAAAUGCUAUAUUUUCAAGCAAUCCUUGCAGAGUGAAGUUUUUUUCCCAGGAAAUUGUAUUUUUCCGUGAGGAUCUGCUGUACAGAAUGCGGCGUUCAUGUCUGCUUCCCCCUUCUGCAGAGGAAACUGAAGAUUCUUUUGAGCAUCUUGUUGCUACCAUAACUCAUCAAAGUCAUCUUUGCCCACUUCCUCUUGUGGUUCAACCCAUCAUCUGGAACUACGAUCAUGCUCUUUAUCUUUAUCCAACUCCACACACGAUAGUCUUAGGGGACAGAAGUAAGCAGAAGGCAUUCAAAUACACAGGAAUCACCUGCUUUAAUCCUGGUUCCUUCUCAAGCGACGGUACCUUUGUGGCGUAUCGCCCCUGUAAUCAGGAAGUGGAAUUAUCUUCUUUGUAAGAAUUAAAGAUUGACUACUGACAUUAGCGACUGGAAAUUUCGUGGAAAUAACUUAUUUAGGUGAAGGUGCUGUGCUGGAACUCUUAGUGUUGCUGCUCUAUUUUCUAAAGCUCUGGUUGAAAUUUACAAUCAUUGUAAUUAUAAGUUUUUGCUGUACAGUAUAUUUGACAUUAGUAGCUAUUAUUUCUUGUCUAGAGUUUUCUUCUGUAUCAAAUGUUUUUCUGAACUCGAAAAGUGUAUUUGAUAUAAUUUUGGGCA